CUGGACUUCUUUGCACCUUUUCCUGAGAUAUAGCUGGCACCGGCCUCUGUUUGCACAGUAUCCUGGACUAAAAUGAUCUACUUUUUGGAGGCAGAGGGGCUCAGACUGCUUCAGGGUGAAUGCAAGGACAUCCCACUUGAAGGAUCCUGCUGCCCUUGGCAUCUCAGGCAAAAGAUCAUCAUAGCGUGGGGAAGACACAAACUGCUGGUAUCUAACCUGGGGAUUUAUGCCACUAAUCUGAUUACCCCCAUAUGAUGGACGUGUCCGCUUGGAAGGAAAUGGAGGUGGCGCUGGUGAAUUUUGAUAACACGAAUGAGGUAGCAGAAGAGCCCUGUUUUUCAAACGACCUCCAUGCUACUGACCAAUUGCACAAAGGGCACCCCAGCUGUGCUAGCCUUCUGCCCAACUGGAGAAUCCUCAUCAACAAUGAAAACACCAACAAUGAGACCAUAUUCUCCAAACUGUCUGCGGAAUUCUGUGACCACCUGGGGACAGAGAAUGUGGGCAUGGAUGAGGGCGACCAGAGAGUCAUCAUCAACAUUGCUGGGCUGAGGUUUGAGACACAACUCAGGACUCUCAGUCAGUUUCCAGAGACUUUGCUCGGAGACCCUGAGAAGAGGAUACAUUACUUUGAUUCUAUGAGGAACGAGUACUUCUUUGACAGGAACAGGCCCAGCUUUGAUGGGAUACUGUAUUACUACCAGUCUGGAGGGAAAAUCCGACGCCCAGCCAAUGUCCCUAUAGAUGUCUUUGCUGAUGAGAUCACUUUCUAUGAGCUGGGUGAGGAUGCCAUGGACCAGUUCAGAGAAGAUGAAGGUUUUAUUAAGGAUCCUGUUACUCUUUUGCCAACGAAUGAGUUCCACAGGCAGUUCUGGCUGCUAUUUGAGUACCCUGAAAGCUCCAAUGCAGCCAGAGGUGUGGCUCUGGUCUCUGUCCUGGUUAUUGUCAUCUCUAUCAUUAUUUUCUGUGUGGAGACUUUACCUGAGUUCAGAGAUGAGAGGGAAAUCCAUGACAUGAAGCUGGAAGCCAACAAUCUAACUGAAGUUGCCGUGAUAUCUAAUACUUUUACAGACCCUUUCUUUGUGAUAGAAACUGCCUGCAUCAUCUGGUUCUCUUUUGAGUUAUUUGUGAGAUUCAUUGUUUGCCCCAGCAAAGCUGAGUUCUUCAAGAAUAUUAUGAACAUAAUAGAUAUUGUAUCCAUCAUUCCUUAUUUUGUGACCCUGACCACUGAGCUGAUUCAGCACAGUGAGCUAAACGGCCAACAGAACAUGUCCUUGGCCAUCCUCAGGAUUAUCCGCCUGGUCAGAGUCUUCCGUAUCUUCAAGCUUUCCCGGCACUCAAAGGGGCUACAGAUUUUGGGACAGACCCUCAAGGCCAGCAUGAGGGAACUGGGCUUACUUAUCUUUUUCCUCUUUAUAGGGGUCAUACUGUUUUCUAGUGCCAUCUAUUUUGCGGAGGUGGACGAACCACAGUCACAUUUCUCCAGCAUCCCUGAUGGCUUCUGGUGGGCUGUGGUCACCAUGACGACUGUUGGCUAUGGAGACAUGUGUCCUACUACUCUCGGGGGAAAGAUAGUGGGGACUCUAUGCGCUAUUGCAGGGGUGCUCACCAUUGCACUCCCUGUGCCAGUCAUUGUCUCCAAUUUUAACUAUUUCUACCACAGGGAGACAGAGAAUGAAGAGAGACAUAUAUUGCCUAGGGAGGUAGAGAGAAUACUCAGCAGUGUGGUUACAAGGCGUGUGAGCAUGGACUCCCUCAACAGCGCAAAUGAAAAUUAUUCUCCAAAACAGGACAAAAAAAUAUUAAGCAGUCACAGAAGCUAGAAGUCUUGAGCUAUCUGAGGGACUCAGGCUGACUUUAGCAACUGAUAUACCAUCCACAUCUACACUGUCUAUCUCUCUCUCCCUUUUUUAAAAAACAUUUUUCGAUUUUCAGACUAUCAUUUUUGCUAUCUGAUUUCUCGUGGCUUUUCCAAUAAACAGGUUAUUUCUUAUCUCUC